UUUCCCUUCUCUUUGUAUCUCUUGUUGUCUCUUAGCUUGCACUAGUUCUUUAAAAAGAAAAGGAAGAAAAAAAAGGUGCUUGGGAGUGAGAAUCAUUGAAGGAAAAUGUGUGGGAUUUUAGCAGUUUUGGGUUGCUCUGAUGAUUCUCAGACUAAAAGGGCUCGAGUGCUGGAGCUUUCCCGCAGAUUGAAGCACCGUGGUCCUGAUUGGAGUGGACUCUACCAACACGGAGACUGCUAUUUGGCCCAUCAACGCCUUGCCGUCGUUGAUCCUAAUUCAGGUGACCAACCUCUCUUUAAUGAAGACAAGAGUGUUGCUGUCACUGUGAAUGGGGAGAUUUACAACCACGAACAACUGAGGAAGAAGUUGGUAAACCACAAAUUCAGUUCUGGCAGUGAUUGUGAUGUUAUUGCCCAUCUGUAUGAGGAGUAUGGGGAAGACUUUGUGGACAUGUUGGAUGGAAUCUUCUCAUUUGUGUUGCUAGAUGCCCGUGACAAUAGCUUCAUUGUUGCUCGUGAUGCUAUUGGGAUCACCUCCCUCUAUAUCGGCUGGGGCCUUGAUGGUUCGAUUUGGGUAUCAUCAGAGUUGAAAGGAUUGAAUGAUGCUUGUGAACAGUUUGAGAGCUUUCCGCCUGGACACAUGUACACUAGCAAAUCAAGAGGACUCAGGAGGUGGUACAAUCCACCCUGGUUCUCUGACUCUAUUCCAUCGGUUCCAUUUGAUCCGUUUGUUCUCAGACAUGCACUUGAGAAUGCUGUGAUCAAAAGGCUAAUGACUGAUUUCCCUUUUGGAGUUUUGCUAUCCGGAGGCCUUGAUUCUUCAUUGAUUACUUCUAUAACGGCUCGGUACUUGGCUGCUACCAAGGCUGCCAAACACGGGGGAAAGCUCCAUUCUUUCUGUAUCGGCCUAGAGGGUUCACCCGAUUUGAAAGCUGCAAGGGAGGUUGCAGAUUAUUUGGGCACUGUCCAUCAUGAGUUUCACUUCACCGUUCAAGAUGGAAUUGAUGCGAUUGAAGAUGUUAUCUACCACAUUGAAACCUAUGAUGUGACCACAAUCAGGGCAAGCACUCCUAUGUUUUUGAUGGCACGGAAGAUCAAAUCACUAGGAGUGAAGAUGCUUAUUUCUGGUGAAGGAGCCGAUGAGGUUUUUGGUGGAUAUUUGUAUUUCCACAAGGCACCAAAUAAGGAAGAAUUCCACCGUGAAACUUGCCGCAAGAUCAAAGCACUUCAUCAGUAUGAUUGCCUGAGAGCUAACAAAGCAACAUCAGCUUGGGGAUUGGAGGUUCGAGUACCUUUCUUAGACAAAGAAUUUCUCAACGUUGCCAUGUCUAUAGACCCCAAAUCAAAGAUGAUCAAAAAGGAUGAAGGACGCAUUGAGAAGUGGGUUCUUAGAAAGGCAUUUGAUGAUGAGGAGUGUCCAUAUCUGCCUAAGCAUAUCUUGUAUCGACAGAAAGAACAAUUUAGUGAUGGCGUUGGUUAUAGUUGGAUCGAUGGUCUUAAGGCGCAUGCUGCGGAUCGUGUGAGUGAUAAGAUGAUGGUUAAUGCUUCUUGUAUCUUUCCUCACAACACCCCGAAGACAAAAGAAGCAUAUUACUACAGGAUGAUUUUCGAGAGAUUCUUCCCUCAGAACUCGGCUAGAUUGACAGUCCCUGGAGGAGCUAGCGUGGCAUGCAGCACUGCUAAAGCUGUUGAGUGGGAUGUUGCCUGGAAGAACAACCUUGAUCCUUCAGGGAGGGCUGCCCUGGGAGUCCAUCUCUCAGCUUACGCAAUGUGCAAAUCUCCUGUCCUUUAGACCUUAAUUUUUUAUUCGACCAACUCGAGUCUAGGUACUUCAACUAAUUUCGCAAUUAGGGUUGGUUAUCUCAUCUUUAAAUUAGGGGCGUUUGUUAUGAGAACUUUGUUAGAGCUUUCUAUUCCAAAAUUAAGUUUAGCUAUGACGAUGAUAGUUUAACUUUCAUUUUCGUCAGUUCUUUUGUUAUGGGUGGAGAUGUUGAUAUAUUUGUUUCCUUCUUUGCGAGACA